AUGAGAUGGGAUGCUGCGCGCAAUGCAAUCCUCUGCUCAACACAAACCCAACUGAACUCGACCAAGACCAAAGCUAACUCAAUGGACGAAAAGACCCGCUUAGUAUCCAACCUCCGCCUCCUUAUCCCCCGCCUCCGCCUCCUCCAAAAGAAAGACACCGCCUCCUCCGUCGUCCAACGCCGCGAACUCUCCCAACUCCUCGCCGAAGGCCGCGAGUCCUCCGCCCGCAUCCGCGUCGAAAAUGUCAUCGCAACCGAUAUCGCCGUCGAGGUCAUGGAGAUGGUAGAACUGUACUGUGAACUCCUGCUCGCGCGCGCCAACGUCCUCGACCAACUCGCUUUCGGAGAAAAAGGGACCCGCGCACGCUUGCGCGCGAAGGAAUUAUACAAAAAGCAGACGCAGUCGCAGACGCAGUCGCAGACUGGUGCGGCGGCUAGUGCGGGGGUCAAGACUGCUGAAAGCUCGGGGUCGAGGUUUGGGUUUGGUUGGUUGGGAGGGGGCGCGGCGAAGAAGGAGGCUAGUCUUGCGGAUGAUGCUGGACUGCUGAGCGAUGAUGACGACACCUAUAUGGAUACUGCGCUGGAUGAAGCGGCCACGGUCGUUUUCUACGCUUGGCAUCGCUUCCCGCAUGAACUGCGGGAGCUGACUAUGCUGAGGACUAUGCUGGGUGAGCGAUAUGGGAAGGAGUUUAUGACGCUGGCGCAGGAGAAUAAGAUUGAUAAUGUCAAGGUGCCGGAUCGUCUUUUGAAGGGUCUGCGCGUGCGUCCGCCUGGUCAAGAAUUGGUGGAGAGUUAUCUUCGAGAAAUCGCAAAGGCGUAUGGUGUUGCAUGGCCGGAGGAAGAUGCGCAGGAUGAACUGGGAAGUGCGCCGCCUGAAUUCGUGGAUGAUACCCAAGAUGACGGUGACGAUAGUCAAGGAGGCGAUUUACCAGUCACCCCGUCAAAGUCGGGUGCAGGCGCCGCUGAGGCCAGACGCGCCUCGGAUACCAAUGAACUAAGCAGAGCGACGCCUCCACGAGGUCCUGCUGCUGGUCGGAGUCCUGUUAGUGUUGCUCCGCCGGCACCGAGGACUGAUAACCCAAACCCGCGGGUAAAGGUUCCGGGGCCAGAAGAAAACGGCUCGACGAAGGCUUCCGGUGCGGCAGGGUCACGGCCUCAGGGGAAUAGCAAUAAUGGUGGGAUACCGGAACUGGAUGAAUUGACACGGCGUUUUGCAGAUCUCAAGAGAAAACCGUAG